ACUCAUCGCUCCACCAUCCGAGCUGCCUGACGUGCUGCGUUAUCAUGGCCACUCUCAGAAAAAAAUAUCCACUUCUCCCGUCCUCGGUCGAGCUGAGCAUCUCUCCGGCCGUCCCAUUCUCUCUGGUCUCUGGCGAGCUGAUCGUCUUCUCUCCGCCCAAACCCAGCAGCAUCAGCAGCAACUCUCCCCUCUCUACGGAGCCUCUUCUCCACCCUCUUCCCUGUCAACGACGGCACGGACAGGACCACCUGGCCACGGUGACGCCCUCCCCUUGUCCUCAUAACCUUCCCCGCCCAGAUCCGGUGGCGGGGAGCUCUGAAAGGCAGUCUCUGGCCAUGGCAACGGCGGCACGCUCCUCCGGCGUCCAGUUUCUCGACUAGCUCGCACCGCCGCUUGAGUCACUGACCCCCACCGCCUCUCUCUCUCUGGUUCCAGGGCAGCGCUGUCGAGAACUUGCGAUUUGCCUCCGCUACUGGGUUGGGAUUGCUUGCUCUCACUCACAAAAGCAGCAAGCUCACCAAGCUCGUUGGAAUGGCAGGGGUGUUGGACCUGCUCCUCGGCAAACUCACCACGGUGCUCAGCGACGAGUACAAGAUGCUCACAGGGGUGAGGAGGCAUGCCUCCUUCCUCAAGGACGAGCUCAGUGCCAUGAAAGCUCUCCUUGACGAGAUGGAUCUUAUGGACAAGCUUGAUCCCUCGGCCAAGAACUGGAGGGACCAUAUAAGAGAGAUGUCCUAUGACAUGGAGAACUGCAUCGACGACUUCAUGCAUGACAUUGAAGGUACCCAUGUAAAGGCAGGCUUUGUUAGAAAGAUGGUUCAGCGUCUUAGGAGGUUGGGGAGACGUCAUAAGAUAGCGAAGAGGAUCAAGGAGCUCAAGGUUCUUGCGGUGGAAGCAAAUGCUCGACGCGAGAGAUACAAGAUUGAUGAUUGCAUCAACUCGAGGCAUGGUGUUGUGGUUGUGGAUCCCCGGAUGUCGGCGAUCUACAAGGAUGUGGCAUGCCUGGUGGGUAUUGAUGGCCCAAAAGAAGAGCUUGUCAAUUGGUUAAUGGAUUCACAGAAGAAACUCAAAGUAGUUUCUAUUGUGGGGUUCGGAGGUUUGGGUAAAACUACACUUGCCAAACAGGUGUACAAUGAGAUUGGAGGGCAAUUUAACAGUAAGGCAUUUGUUUCGGUCUCCCAAAGACCUGAUAUGAAAAGCCUUAUCGGUGGCCUACAAUUCAAGCUUGGACUGCAGGAGUCUUCUCAUGCUCACAAGCUGCAAGACUUCAUUGACCAGCUUAGAGAACACCUCAGACAUAAAAGGUACUUUAUUUUAUUGGAUGACUUGUGGGAUCAAUCGACAUGAAACAUUAUUAGUUGUGCCUUUCCUGAAAAUGAUAAUGGAAGUAGAGUAAUGGUAACCACACGAUUGGAUGACGUAGCUGCCAGGGCGUGUCACAAUGACCGUGCCUGCAUUUACAUAAUGAAGCCCCUUGGAGAGCAAGACUCAAGGAGAUUAUUCUUUAAUAGAGUAUUUGGGUCUGAAAAUGACUGCUCGAUACAAUUCAAAGAAAUUUUAGUUGAAAUUCUGAAGAAGUGUGGCGGAUUGCCAUACUAGUAGAAAAGUGAAGGAAAUAUGCCCUAGAGGCAAUAAUAAAGUUAUUAUUUAUUUCCUCAUAUCAUGAUAAAUGUUUAUUAUUCAUGCUAAAAUUGUA